AUGACGAGACACGUUGAAGGCGUUUUCAGCUGGUUCGACCGUGUGAUCGUGUAUAGCUUAGUGUUUUGUUAAUAACAAACGGUUCGCCAUUUCAGUACGGUUGACUUUAGUUGUAUUUACGCGACGAACGACAUUUCUCUCUCCAGACAAUCAAAACGACGAACCACAGAAAAAAGAACACUGGUUACAAAGUGGUGUUAGACCUGUGAAGAGAUUAACCACUCCAAAUGAUUUCGCUUUUGUAUUCCUCCGAGAUUACAUGUAGGCUGCUAUACAUGUGAUCAGUGACCAGGUAUACUGUUAUAUUCUGUACGCACCUGGAUGUCUGGUCCAGGUAACCACAGAAGACAACUCACAGGUAGACGGAUAACAGAGACUUGAAACAUAAAACUAUAUUCAUCAUGGCAGAAAACAUCGUGGUACCUAUACUUGAAAUACGAGAGGAAUUCGCCACGUGUGAAAUCUGUCUGGAUAAUUUUGAUGACGGAGUUAGAAUUCCGAGAACUCUACCCUGCCUCCAUACCUUUUGUUGUGACUGUCUCGAAAAAAUGUGGGGAGCAGCUGCACAAGGGGUGAAAUGUCCCAAGUGCCGAAAGCUUUGGCCAGUCCAAGGUUCCAUCAAAUCCUCAUUUCAGCAAAAUAACAUGUUGAUGCACAUGGUGGAAUAUAUCGGUUUUAAGAAAAAGCUCGGGGAUGUGCUGUGUAACCAAUGUCCUGAUAAUAAAGCCACUGUCCGGUGUCUAGAGUGUGAGAGAUACCUUUGUGAGACCUGCGACAGAUGGCAUGCAAUCUUUUUAGAAAAACACAAGCCCGUUCCUUUAACAGAAUUAGUUCACACACCACGAACAUUUCUGAAAACCCCCAGCAUGUGUCCAGUUCAUGGUGACAAGAAUAUUGAUGUAUACUGCAUGAGUGAGACGUGUGAGAAAGCAAUGUGCACUACUUGUGCCCUCUUGUCUCACAAAGAACACAAUAUUUGUGACCUCAGAGAAUUCUGUGAUGCCAACAAGAAGAAAAUCAGUUCCUCAUUAGACGCUCUGAAGAAAGCAUCAGAAUUACGCACAGAAUACAAAAGCAAGCUUGUAGAGCAGAAUGCUAAGCUAGAUAAAAUACAAGAGCAGGUUAUGAAGGAUAUUGAUGAACAUUCCAGUAAACUCGUGGAAAAGGUUGAAAAAACUUCAAAGAACCUGAAAAAAAAGGUUAUGGAAAAUGUAGCUAAACAAAAGGCCAAGAGAGAUGAACAACUUGCGCUGGUUGAUAAGUCAGAAGAGCUGAAAGCAGAACACGUCUUGUAUUGUCAGCAGGCGCUGUUAUUUGCCCGAGACGUGGAAUUUGUUGAGAUGGUCGAAUUAUUGAAGAAGAAAGGUAAAUCACUCAUGGAAGACUUACAACUGCCAGACCUGCAGUUAGAGAAUGUGUUGCUUAAUACAGAGACAUACAAAAAAGCAGAGCUGAGCAUUGGGCAGAUCUCGAUACAAGUAGAUAGAAAGGAAUCCAUGUUUGCUAAGGGAGGUCCUGCUUUCACCCAUCAUGCAGCUAAUGUGUCCGAAUCGGCUGCAGCUGCUACUACCCAACAAGUUAAAUCUCCCACAUUCAGCAACAUUGCCAGCAUGGAGGGGGGUUCUGCAACAACGUACUCCCCUCACAAUAGAUCCCAGUUCCAGCAGCCACAGCAGCAGCAGCAGCAGCAGCAGAAUGAAUUCAUUGCUGCUCAUCUCCGUGGACAAGCCCGUAAGUUCUCGAACCAAGCUUCCAACAUUCCGGCUAGUAUGCUGGGACCGGCUUUCUUCUCUGCACCACAGACGUUGGCUCCAGCAGCCCUUGCUGGUCCUCAACCCAUGACCGUCAUGUCGGGAGUCGUGGGCAGUCAGCCAGUGCAGUCGCCCUAUGUGGGGAUCCCGGUAUUAAGCAGUGUGACGCUGCCGACUGUCACCAGUGGCAGCAGCAGUUUGCUCCAGCAGUAUCUACAGACACCACAGGGGACUCCGGCGUCUGGCCAGAUGACUCCCGUGUUUGGACUGCAGCCAGCACACAAACCGUUUGUUCUGGGUAAUCUGUCCGAGCCCUCUGUUCCUCAUGGAAGUCCUGCUUUCACCCAUCAUGCAGCUAAUGUGUCUGAGUCAGCUGCAGCUGCUACUGCUCAGCAGGUUAAAUCUCCUAAGUUAAGAGACUUCAACAAACAGUUGUUGGAGAAGGCAAAAGUUUCUGCUCUUAAAGAAUCUUCACCAGCUGCUACUGUUCCUUCCGCCAAGCCUGUGCUGCCUACCCCACCUCCAAAGACAGUGAUAAAUAAAGACACGCCACAUUUGUCUGCGUUUGGCGGGAAACCAGUGUCGACAUCUACUCUGAUGGGAAAGGACUCCAAGUUAAGAGACCUCCACAAACAGUUGUUGGAGAAGGCUAAAGAUUCUGCUAAAGAAUCUUCACCAGCUGCUACUGUUCCUUCCGCCAAGCCUGUGCUGCCUACCCCAUGUCCAAAUCCUUUCUCAGGAUUCAGUUUCCCAGUUGCCAAACCAUCGACUGUGAACGCACUGACUGGCAGUGGUGAUCAAGGAGAUAAAGGUUCUCUGACUAGAGGAACAUUUUCCAUUGUUCAAAAUACUUCUGCUACAACAGUGGCUGAUGAACAACAAACGAUUUUCGGCUUCAAGGGAUUAGGACUUGCAGGACAGCAGCCAUUCCAGACGUGGAUCCCGAAUGUGAAUAGAUCAGGUUUCUUCUCGGUACCACAGACGUCGGCUCCACCAAUCCUUACUGGUCCUCAGCCCACGACCGUCAUGUCGGGAGUCAUGGGCAGUCAGCCAGUGCAGUCGCCCUAUGCGGGAAUCCCGGUAUCAAGCAGUGUGACGCCACAAGCUGUGAACAGUGGCAGCAGCAGUUCGCUCCAGCAGUAUCUACAGACACCACAGGGGACUCCGGCGUCUGGUCAGAUGACUCCCAUGUUUGGAUUGCAGCCGGAACACAAACCGUUCGCUCUGGGUAAUCUGUCCAUGCCCUCUGUUGCCCAGGGAAGUCCUGCUUUCAUCCACCACGCAGCUAAUGUGUCCAAAUCGACUGCUUCUGCUACUGCCCAACAGGUUAAAUCUCCCAUGUCUAGCGUUCAGGAUCUGUCCAUAUCAGCGGGAUCUCAGAAGUCAUCAAACUCUGCUGCAGAGAGACCUGCUGUGUUUAAUGAAAGGGCAAAACACACAUCAAAGAUUGAUAUUUCUCAUUGGGGGCGUUUGACGAUCGUGCCGUCCGGGGAUGGCGGAUACAUCGUUGCAAUGAAAACCGAUGAAGGUGAAGUGAUAUUUGAAAAUGAUUUGGCAUCCAUUAAGAUACCAACUGGCUUUGUACCUCAGCUAGUAUGUUUGAAGGUGACGCUGCCUGACAGAAAGACUGAAGAAACGAUCAAUCUUAGUUUUGAAGAUGUGGCUCAUGCUUCUAAGUUCAGAGACCUCUACAAACAGUUACUGGAGAAGUCGAAAGUUUCUGCUGCUAAAGAAUAUUCACCAGCUGCUAUUGUUCCUUCCAUCAAGCCUGUGUCACCUACCCCAUCUCCAAAGCCAGUGAUAAACAAAAAAACGCCACCUUUGUCUGCAUUUGGCAGGAAACCAGUGUUGACAUCUACUCCGAUCGGAAAGGAUUCCAUGUUUGGAGGUUUUACAUUGACGAGUACUCCGAUUGUGAAACCUCCACUAGAACCCACGAGCGAGACGAAGACAUCUCCCGGAUUCAAGCUGAAGGAGAGUAGCCUUAAUGUGACCAGACGAUCUGCAGGUGCUCAAGCUAAACCUUUCUCAGGAUUUAGUUUCCCAGUUGCCAAACCAUCGACUGUGACUACACUGACUGGCAGUGGUGCUCAAGGAGAUAAAGGUUCUCUGACUAAAGAAACAUUUUUCAUCAUUCAAAAUACGUCUGCUACAACAGCAGUUGAUAGACAAACGACUUUCGGCUUCAAGGGAUUUGGACUUGCAAGACAGCAGCCAUUUCAGACAGGGAACCCAACUACUGCUCCGUCACACGAGGAAGAGAAGGAAGAGGAGUACGAGCCCAGUGUGGACUUGAAGCCACUGAUAGAGCUCCCAGAGUUGGUGGAGGUGAAAACGGAGAACGAGAAGAAACUGUUCGGGAGCUCCCGUCUCUUCCGAUUCAUUGCCGGGACUAGACAGUGGAAAGAUUGUGCAAUCGGAGAGAUGAAGAUUUUGAAGAGUAUUGAUAGUAAGCGGUUCUGUUUUCUCAUAAGAUGGGAACAGGUACUGAAGAUCUGUGUCAAUCACAACAUCUUGGUUGACAUGAAGCUCAUUCCAAUGCCGAGUUCUGACAGGGCUUGGUGCUGGACAGCCAUAGACUUUGUAGACGAGUCCAAGAAAACUGAGCAGUUUGCUGUGAAGUUCAAAAACAAAGACAUUGCUGCCAAUUUUAAAGAGAUCUUUGAGAGCUGCCAGAAGGACCUUGCAGAUAAUGCAACUGAUUCUGAUGCUGCAGUCGUUCAUGAAGAAAAAGUUGCAAGUGCUGAUGCACCACAGAAAGAUAAAGACCAACGAAGCUUCGCUGAUAAGUUCAAACCGAAACCUGGGAGUUGGGAAUGUUCCGGCUGUUGUUGUAGAAAUGAUGCCGACGUUAUCAAAUGUCCUGCCUGUCAGACUUUAAAACCUGGACCUGCACCAGAAGACAUCAGCAAUAAUGGAGGCAGUUCCAUUGGUGGUGGUUUUACGUUUGGAAGUGUAAGUGGAUCUAUUGGGGGACCUUCUGGAGGGUUUAGCUUCACGCCUGAGAAGCCACAAUCCAUAGAAACUGUUGUUACCAUUGGCAGCAAAGACAAAGUCCAGCAGACCUUUGUAGACAAGUUCAAACCGAAACCCGAAAGUUGGGAAUGUACAGGAUGCUACUGUAGGAAUGAAGCAAACGUUUUGAAAUGCCCAGCCUGCCAGACUCUGAAACCCAGAGUAAAACAGGAUGAAGUUUCGGCUCAGACUGGGAAAAUAUCUACAGGAGGAGGUUUCCAGUUUGGUACUGCUGGAGGGUUUACAUAUGGGGCCAAGACCACACAACCCAAAGAAACAAAAGCUGCUCCUGUAGCUGAAGGUAAAGAGAUUUCCUUUGCUGACAAGUUCAAGCCAAAGCCUGGAAGUUGGGAAUGCACGGGCUGUUAUUGCAGGAAUGAUGCUAAUGUCCUUCAGUGUCCAGCUUGUCAGACAUUAAAACCGGAAAUAAAGAUGGUAUUUUAAGUGGAGGUGGUUUAAAAUUGGAACGUCUGGGGAAUUCUCUUUCAGCAAACCUCAGCCAAAGUACCAGCCAACCGAUUUUUUGUUCAAAGCAAAUAAAGCCUCUGCCUGUAGCACAUUUCCAAUACACAGUAAGGUAAGGUAUCUAGCUACAGUGAGUAAGUAGUUUGUGUGAUAGCAGCUGGGAUUUAUUUAUGAUCUAGAUUGUUGAGAAGUAACAGCAUUGGUAAGUUUGAAUGUUACUUCAGUGACUUGAUGCCAUUGGUUUAUUUCUUCAGAAUUUUGUAAUUUGAAACAAUUUUAUAAAAUAUGUAUCUCUCAUCUGACAGACACUUGGCAUGUAUCACGAAGUGCAUUGUGACUUUUAGAUGUUGAUAC